CAUACAUACACACAGACACACACAUACAUACAUACAGUGGUCAUCUGAAGAGUGGUUGACAAAAAAAGGGAGAAGGAAAAAAAAAAACCCGACCCCCCAGAGAAAGAAAAGAAAAUGUCAGCAUUGAGAGAACUUAGCCGAAUGCUGGCGCUGGUCUUGGUGAUGCUGAUGAUAAUUGCCAUAACGACUGCUAAACCAAGGCCCAAUGUGACAGAGAAUCAGUACCCAAUAUCGAUGGCAUUAAUUGGUGGCCAUUCCUACGAAGAAGGCAUGAGACCAUGGCUGGUUUCUUUACAAUCCAAAACAGAGAUUAAAAAAAUUUUGGGAAUAUUCUCUGUCUACCGAACUUAUUGGUGUGGCGGUUCUUUAAUUAAUGACCAGUGGGUCCUGUCUGCUGCUCAUUGCUUCUUCGGAGAGAAUUCGGCACCAAUUUCCGUGGGAAGUUGGACAGCAAGAAUGGCAUCGACCCACUUGAAACCAAGUAUAAAGGAGAGAUUUAUGAAUAUUGUUGGUAAAAUAUUCCGCAAGAUGAAAUGGCGCCAAUGGAAUGUCAAAGUUGCCAAAAUUAUAAUCCAUCCCAACUUUCAGAUCAAUGCUUUCCACGAUGACAUUGCACUGUUGAAACUUGCCCACCCUGUACCUACUCAUAUCCACCCGAAAAUAAAAAGCGUCGGCCUUGCCCACCAGGGCAACAGCCAGUUUCCAGAGAAUGGGAAGAUGUGUAUAAUGUCCGGAUGGGGCUGUACUGAGAGUGGCGGAACCGUAACCAAGCAUGCCCAGGAAUUAAAGAUGCCGAUUAUGAGCAAUACCGAAUGUUCUAAAUAUUUUGGAUUGGUGUCAACAGACAAGAUCUGUGCAGGUUUCAAUAACAAAGCAAAGGGCAUUUGUAGGGGUGACAGCGGAGGUCCACUGGUUUGUCCGAGCCCCUAUGGCUGGAUGCAGGUUGGCGUUGCAUCAUUCACCAGCAAAGACCACCCGGAAAAUUCCCCAGGUGUAUUCACCCGUGUGUCCCAAUACCGAAGCUGGAUCGAUCGAGUGAUGAGAUUAAAUAGCUGAUAACCUGAGGGCCAUAACUAAAUUUCCAAUAAAGUUUACUUUUCUGUUGGUCUUUUAUUUUCAUCCUUUAUAUUUUCGUUGUCAAUAAAUUCACAAAAUAUACAAAGUAAAAAAUUUUUGUAAAAAAGAAUUCAGUUGAAAAUUUGAUGCCAUUAAACUUUUGGAUUUAGAA